AUGGCGGUAGUGGGUUCGGUAAUACGAAUGAUGGCGUCUUUUAGUCAGUCUCAGAAGCAGAGAGAGCCGCGAGUUAUUUUCAACAGUGUGCGAAAUGAGGUUAUGCUGGGAGCGACGGAGAAGGGUUCAAAGGGUAAGAUAGUUGUGAAGUUGUAUCCAAAUGGUAUCCCGAGGCCGCCGGUGCGUUACAGUCAGGAGUAUUUCGUGUCGUGUCUGAAUGAUACGUUUGUGUAUUUUCUCCAACAGCGCGGAAACGGUAUUAUUAACGGCGAGAUGUGUAUGUACAUCGUGCGUAUGGCCUUGGUGACGGCGAGUAUGGACUUACAGGCGAAGCAGGAGGCGGUGCAGUUGUCGGAGAUCCCGGAGAAGGACUUCACCAAGUUUGUGGACAAUUUGAAGCGGGAGCAAUUCGAAAAGCAGAAAGAAGAGAUGUUGCGUUUGCAGAAAUUGCAGCGAGAGCUGGAUGCCUACUUUUCGGGUCGGGACAUGACGGCACGGCAGGAACAGGUCCCGGAAGAGAAGCAAGUGAUCAACACGCCCGGCGGUGUCUCGCUUCCUGCGCUGUUCGAGGCUUCCACUCUCAAGCAGACAUUACCACUGCCAGACUUUUAUGCCCUCCUCUACCAACUCCGCCAAAGCAAAGAAGACCCUGGCCAUUUCGACCGCUACAGAGUCAUCAAAUUCAUCCACGACCGCCAACGCCUAGAAGCAGUCACUGAAAAAUGGAACGAACUCUCUACUCUCAACACUGCACUCGCCGCAGCCAGAGACAAUGACUCUAUCAGCAUCGAGCCACAAGCCAUCCAACAACUUAACGUUGACAUCGACAAAUUCAAAGCACACCUACAACUACUUGAAAAAACGCUCGAGUAUAGCAUCUUCCGCUCACUUGACUUCGCAACGAUACUCAUGGCCGUCGAAGACACCGGCAACGACCCUCUCGACCGACGAAUCGAACCACUCACGCAAAACAGAUAUCAACUCACCGAACCCACGUCCCCAAUGUCAUUUGGAUCCUCGGCAUCCGAAAUGAAUCUCUCCCCCGAGGACCUAAGAUGA